UUGUUGUUUUGACGAAGUCAGGCUGGAAGCGGCUGCCGGAGGCGAGGGAGGAACGGAGGACGGAGAGAGGAGCCUGCCCGGUGACCGCCGCCCUGCCUCGCCCCGCUGUUGCCCGGCGAAGAGCCGCUCAGCCCUUUAAAAAAUGUCAGAAAAUUCCAGUGACAGCGAUUCAUCUUGUGGCUGGACAGUCAUCAAUCAUGAGGGCUCCGACGCUGAGGCUGUGGCAUCCGAACCUGAAGGCACAAGUGGCCCUGCAGAGCUGACCUUGGCAGAGCCUGCAGCCCUCCCACAGGAAGAUGACCAGCAGGAGCAGCCUGCCGCCUGGCAAACUGAUUUUGGCCAAGGUGAUGUGUCCUCAGUUGUCGAAAGUCAUUCUGUCCCAGAGACUGCAAAACCUGAGGACAAGGACAAGAAGGGAGGGUUGCCAGAGGACAGUUCCUGUGUGGGGGCAAUCAGUGAUGAUUCUGACAUUGUGACACUCGAGACCCCAAGGGUGGAAGAAGUCGGGAGCCAGGAAGAGGCCGUGCCUCCAGCCGAAGAGGCUCAGGUCUCCGAAGAUUUCAACAUGGGCUCUUCUACGAGCAGCCGCUACACCUUUUGUCAGCCAGAAACAGCCAACACGUGGCUGGAGGAGCUGUGGAGGAUCCCACAGGGCAUAAGCAGAUGGGCCUUUCCACCUCCUUGCCCAAGUGGCGAAGAAUCGAGCAGCGAUGAAACCAGCCACCGCUCCAGUCCUGCCCUGCGGCGCCGGCGUGCGAAGAAGAGGCUUAUCUCAAGUUCCGAGUCAGAGGAGGCACCGCCUCGUGAGCAAGAACCCGAGCCGGCCCAAGAUCAGUGGCGCAAGCAUCACUUCAGCGGCGGCCUGAAUAGAUGCAUCACCCUGGCUUUGGUGAUCGCGAUCAGCAUGGGCUUUGGGCAUUUUUAUGGAAAGUUGGAAGGUACUGUUCAGAUCCAGAAACGCCAGCAACUUGUCGAGAAGACUCAUGAAGACGAGCUGACUGACGUGAGGGAUCAUCUGAUUCAGUGCCAACGGGAACAGGGCGUUAUGGCGGUCGGUCAGUCUCUCAAGGAAGGUCUGGCAGCGUGCCUGCUUAACACAGAGCUGGAAAAGAGAUCCUGUGAAUCUCAGAAGCAUCUCCUCAGCUCAGAGAACCAGCGCUUAAGAGCGUCGUUAGAGAGAGAGGAAAGCGCCUUGGCAUUGCUGCAAGAAGAACUGCGGAAGCUGAGAGAACAAAUAAGACACCUGGAGAACGCAGGUCCCAGCCAGGAGUCACCGGUUGCCACUGAAAAUCAGAAACUAAGAGCCCAUUUGGAAGAAGAAAAGCACAGAAUGCAGCAUUUUAUGAAACAAAAGGAGACUUGGUUGCUGGAGGCACAGAUGCUGCGAAGGGAACUGGACAAAGAGCGCCACCUGACGGUGUCUCUCAGGGAAGAACUGGAGAAGUUAAGUGCCCAGCAGGUGACUCCUGGUGCAGGUGCUGGGGAUGGCUUGCAGGAGAGCCAAGAAAUAGAAGCCUUACAGGGAAGGCUGGCAGAGCUGGAAAAGAAGCUCAGUUUCGAACAGCAGCGCUCUGAUUUGUGGGAAAAGCUGUAUGUGGAAGUCAAAGACAAUGCAGAAAAGCAAGAACAAGUGAAAAAAUCACAGGCACCAACUGGGAAAGGAGCAAACAAAGCCAAAAGGAAGCAGAAAGCUACAUUUUUGGGCUCUGUUAAAGAAACAUUGGAUGCCAUGAAGAAUUCUACAAAGGAAUUUGUAAGACACCAUAAGGAGAAAAUUAAGCAGGCCAAAGAAGCUGUGAAAGAGAACUUAAGAAAAUUCUCAGAUUCUGUAAAAUCCACCUUCAGACACUUCAAGGACACAACCAAGAAUAUCUUUGAAAGAGAAGAGAAGAAGAAACAUGGGGACAGAAGGCAGGAGGCUAACAGAAAAGGAAAGGUGGUUUAUCAGGCAGACGGUUCCCACGAAGGGCUGCGCAGCAAGGCCCCAGGCAGCCAGAGAGACUUCAGGGAUGGGAAACGAUCCAGAGAGCGUCCCCACGUCCUGCAUCUUCCCAAGGAUCCCCCCACACUGGAAGUCCCCAGAGGCCCCAUGUGCAACAAGAAGCGCCACACUGUUCUCAAGGGAUGCACAGAUAUUUUUGACUGUGCCCAUCAGGAGUUUGUGAGCCUCUUCAAUAAAGUGAUGGACCCUAUUCGAGCAGAUGAAUUCAAUCAGUUGAUGCACAAGUAUCUACAGCAAGAAGUGGGCAACUUCCAUCACUGGAGAGAACUGGAGGAUUUUGUUGAGAGGUUUUUCCACAACGGGGUCUUCAUACAUGACCAAAUGCUCUUCACAGACUUUGUGAAUGACGUUAAGGACUAUCUUGAAGACCUGAAAGAGUACCAAAGGGGCAGUGACGGUGUUUUUGACGACCUGGAUAAAUACAUCUACAGAUACUACUUCCACUAUGACCCCUCGCCUCAACACGCACCCAGCCAUCCCAGAAAGAGGGCUCCAUUCACACAUACACAGAGUCCUUCUCAGGAAAGACACGCUCCAAAGCACCAACAGCGCUACAAGAGGGAAGGCAGAUGGCAGAAACAGGGGAGCCCCAAUGGGAGACACAUGGCAAAUCUAGAGAUAGAAGUGGGCCAGCUGCCCUUUGAUCCCAAAUACUAAACUACUGUUGUUCUUCGGUAUGCACCAAAGCGUGGUCGAGAGAGCGGGUGCUGAACUGGCUCAGGCUCUUCAGAGUUUCAAGUGCACGAUUCCCCCUUUCCACCACCCCGCCCCAGAAAGGAUCCACCUGGCUUCUAAGUCAGCGUCUUUUCUUGCAGCCUUCAGAGGAAACAACUGUGGGUGCAGUUCUACUAUUGCAAUAAAGAAGCGGGAUAAGCAGUAGCUUGUGUGUGUGUGUAAGGUAAGCUGCUUUGUGCUUGUUGGUGUUACAGUGCAGGCUUGUCUGUCGUAUCAUGUGCUAAUUUCAUCUCAAGUGGCUCAGAAAUGUGUCUGUUCGGUAAAUUGAUUUAUUCUCGUGUUAGUGCCAGGGCGGAACCUGCUGGUGUGCUGUGUCUGCUGCUUUCCGAUUGGCGUCCUAACUUGCAUUCGAAUUGUCUUGCCCCCUGCAAAUUGUAGAAGAGAAAUAAAAACCUGGUUGGAAAAA